AUGGAAACUAAAACUAAAGAUGAAUAUAUAAAACUUGAUGUAUAUAAUACAACAGAAUCUAUAGAUAUUAUCAAUUUAAUUAAAAAUUAUAAUUUUUGUGAUUCUUCAGAUUCAGAACUUGGUGAUUUAAUAAAUAUAAUUCUAGAUAAUUUGGCAAAUGGAAAUUUUCAAUUAUCUAAUAUUUUAAAUGUUUUAAAAGAAAAGAUAAGUAUAAGAGAUGAUGGAACUUUAUGUAUAUUUAGACAAAAAAAUCCAAAUUUUAUUGAUUUUUCAAUUAACAGUAAAUCUUUUGAUUCUAAAUAUUCUUUAAAAAAAGAACUUAGAAGGAUAUGUCAAGAUUAUAAUAUUAAUUCCGAAAUAAAUUGUAAAGAUGAUAUAAAUUUAUUAAAGUAUAUUUUAAAAUUUCAUCCAAAAUAUGAUAAAUAUAAAUAUUUAGAACAAAUAUUAAUAAUUAAACAUCCUAUUAAAGAAUAUAAUAAUAUAAGGACAUUUGCAAUUAAGAAUAGAUCAAAUGAUGAUAAUAAUAUAAUUAUUCCUUUUAGUUAUGUAACUUGUGUUAAUAAUAUGGAAUCUAAGUGGGAACAAGCUGGUAAGAAAAUUAUUAAAGUUAUAUCAACAAUUAUUACUAUCUAUCCAAGAGAAAUUAAUCAAUACAUAAAUUUAAUUCAAUCUUUAUUUCCCCCUACAACAAGAUUCUCAGUUGAUUCUUUUAUUAUUUAUAUUAAGAUUGCAUUAUAUAGUAUAAAAUUAAUUCCAUGUGUAUCAUCAAUGAUUAUAAAAUAUAUUUUAAAUCGUCUUGUUAUAAUAGAUUCCGAAAUUCAUGUUAAUAAUCCAAAUAUAUGGACUGAAGAGAGAUUUGAAAAAUGGAGACAAGAAGAACUACAAAAUAUUGUAAUAAAAAUAAAGAAAGGUGAUUAUAAUAAUAUUAGUGAUACUCAAAAAUAUAUUAAAGAUAUAGGGGCACAAAAAAUAAAAUUUAUAGAUUUAAUAACAGAAGAAGAUAUAGAUAAAACAGCACAAAUUUUAGAUAAUAUAUUAUUAAUUUUAUAUGAAUAUAUUUUUGAUAUUUGUACUAAAGGAAUUGAGAAUAAAAUGAUUAAAGAUAAUGAUAAAGAUAAAGAAAUAUCUAAAGAAAUAAAUUUAAAAAGUGAUAAUAUUAUAAAGAUAGAAAAAUUAGAAAUUUCAAAAUAUACAAGUAUUUUAUCAAGUAGUGAUAUUGAAUCAUCUGCUCCAGAAGAUAAUUUAACUAAUGCUUCAGAUAAAUAUACAAUAUAUUGGGAUAAUGCAGCUAAUUUAAUUGAAAUUUUAUUAGAUGCAUUUGAUACAUAUAUAAUAACUGUUAAUAAAUGUCAAUUUAUUCAACUUAUUCCAAUUUAUGCUAUUAGUUUUCAUGAAAUAUGGUGUGAAAAUUUUAUGCAAAAAUUAUUUAAAAGAUUAUUUAAACCACACGAAAUAUUAAUAAUUAGAAAAAUUGCAAUUGAUUAUAUUAUCUCAUGUAUUUAUGGAAUAAAAACUGUUAAUAAUAUGAAAUUUAUAAUACCAACUAUUAAAUAUCUAUUACAAUUUUUAUAUGAAUUUAUAGCUCAUUGGAAUUUAAGUAAAAAUAAAGAUGAUAAUAAAAGAAAUGAUAUGAAGUUAAAUAAUUCAAUAGAUAUACAUCAAUCAACAAAUUUAUAUAGUUUAUUUUGCUAUGUUACUGAACGUUUAUGUUGGUUAUUUUAUUUAUUAUAUCCUAUAUUAAUAAAAUGUAUUGAUAAUGAUGAUAUUGAAAAUAUUAAAAUUUAUAUUGAUCUUCUUUUUAAUGAUCGUAAAGGUUUUAUUACAUUUAUUAUAUAUGGUGAUUUAAAUCCUAUAGAUAAUAUUAAUAUUUUUAUUUUGAAUAUAUUUUUGGAUUCAUGUUGUAGAAUUGUAUUAUAUAUUUAUAAAAAAGAUCCAACUUUUUCAUUUAAAGAAUAUAUAUUAGCAUUAAAAUUGUGGAAGAAAUUAAAAUCAUUAAUUAUAGAUAAUAAUCAAUUAAAUAAGUUGUCAUUUAAUCCAAAUAAAUUAAAUUGUUUAGAACAAUUUUAUAAUAAUAUGCCAGUUAGAAAAAUGUUAUUAUGGCAUAGUAAAAGAUAUACUAAAGAAUUAUAUUCAGAAUAUAUUGUUAAUGAGUUAAAUUAUAUGGAUGAUGUAAUAAAUAUAGAUAAUCUUGAUUUUCUUGUUAAUAUAUAUGAAAAUUACAUAGAAUCAGAAAAUAUAGGUAAUAUUAAAGAUAAUGAAGAUAAUAGUUGUUUUGAAAAAGUAAAUCAAAUUAAUGAUAAAAAUAAAAAUAUAAUUACAGAAUUUAUUACAUCUCCUUAUGGUAAAAUGGAACCAGCUAUUUUACCAAAUCAAUCAUUAUGGGAAUAUGCUUGGGGUGAUGAAGUUUUACAAAAUGAUAUAUUAUCACAUCAUGAUUAUUCUGAAUAUUCGAAAUAUUCAAGUAAUAAUAAAUAUAAUAAGAAACACAAAAAUUUUACUAGUGGAUUAUCAUUGUUAAAUAUAUUAACUUCUUCUAUAGCAUAUAAGAGAAGUUUAGUACAAGUAAAUAAUAAUAAACAUAAUUUAGAUAACUCUAAAAGGAGAAAAAAAAGUUUAUUAAGUAAACCUAUUUUGGAUUAG